CCUCAUUUAACUACAUUUACCAUAGUGAAAAAGUAUUUUAUGAUCGACUAUCAAUUAUCAUAAUAAUAAUAUUGAAUAUUGAAGGGGGCCAAAGGAGUUCGCAGAGUAGUCAAGUGCCUACCAUGACUACCCCGUGCGUACGCUUAUGUUCAAAUCCAUUGCCUAGUCAUUAUAUUAAUGAAAUGGGAAUUUUAUUUAAUUUUUUUGUAUAGGUAAUUUUUUAUACUACCUACUAUACUGUAUAUUAAUCAAUUAUGGUUUACCUAUUUUUAAUUUUCAUAGAUUUUUGUAACUUUAAAUUUUUUGGCUACGGGCUCUUACCAAUCGCCUAUUGGUAACAGUAGAUUUAUGGGUCUAUCCCAACCUUCUGUAUCCCGCUGUAUCAGUGAAGUUGUGACUGCAUUAAACCUGCCCGAAAUAUUUAAUGCUUGGGUUAAGUUUCCAAAAAAUAUAAAUGAACUCAAUGAUAUCCGUAAUGGUUUCUACAGGAAUACUGGAUUUCCUGGUGUUGUUGGGUGUAUUGAUUGUACACAUGUGGCAAUCACACCCCCUUCAACAAAUUUAAAUUUAAAUGAAAAUCAACAUCCCGAAUACAUAUAUGUUAACCGUAAGGGAUAUCAUUCAAUCAAUGUCCAAUUGAUUUGUGAUUCAAAUUUAAAAAUAUUGAAUAUCAACGCUUUAUUCCCUGGCAGUACUCAUGAUACACAUGUGUGGAAUAACAGUAAAGUUUUACCAAUUCUGCAAGAAUUGCAUAGACGCAAUUACAAUAAUUUUUAUUUAUUAGGCGAUUCUGGAUACGCUUUGCGUCAAUGGCUAUUAACACCUAUACCAGAUCCUAGCACUGAAGCUGAAGAAAAUUAUAAUAGAUGACAAAUGUCAACUAGAAGUAUAAUUGAACGCUGUAAUGGAGUGCUAAAAAUGCGAUUUAGGUGCUUAUUAAGAGAUAGGACACUGCAUUAUAAGCCCGAAAAAGCAUCUUCCAUUAUAAAUGCAUGUGUAGUACUGCACAAUAUGUGUAUCACAAAUAAUGUUCCUAUGCCUGAU